UGUGUGUGUGGUGGGAAGGACGUUGAUAGCUGUGAAGAGUGUCAGUUGUCUGUGGUGAAUCAGAGUGUAAAGAUGAGGCUUCUUCUCUGCAGUCUGCUCCUCGCCUCUCAUUGUGCCCUCUCAUCUCGGAGUGUUUCAUCAGGGACAUCUGAUGUUACCCAGUCUCCUGAUUUCUCCGUCACGGAGGGGGAGACAGUCAACAUCACCUGCUGCUGGCCACUGGAGAUUGGAAGAGUCAGAGUUAACUGGAUGAAACAUGACACACAAUUUGGGUCUUUCAACCUGAAGAAUCUCUCUCAAGGAUCUCCGCAAAAAGAGACAUCCAAGUGCUCAAACUUGACCUUAAUUAAUGUCACCAGAGAGGAUUCAGGGACAUACAUAUGCAGGGUGAUAGUGGAGAUACCAUUUUUAACUAUAAAAGAAGGAAAUGGUACUGUCAUCACAGUUGUAGACAACACAGAGGUCAACUCAACAAGAGGACAAGAUAUCCCUUUUAUGGAGCGUCCUGUGAUCAUUUGUCUGGCUGUGGUGACUCCAUUACUCCUCAUCACACUCUUGUGUUUCUGCUGUCUGCGAAGGAGACAAGCACGAACAGCCAGGGUGAUCUACGAGGUUCCCCACAUCGACUCUGAGGAAGUAGAGAUGGACAAACACAGCACCAGCUCCUCCACAGGUUCCUCUCAGUGGUGUCAGGUGCCAGUGUACGAAUCCUUCGAUUACUUUGAGCGUGUGGAGAACAAAGAAAGUGAAUGAGGACCUGCUCGGGGAAUUUUUAUAUAUAUUUUUGUAUCCGUACUUUCAGCAUGUAAAUGAUGUAUAUACCUUUUUACUUUUACCUGAAGCUUACAUGUUUUUAAAUGUGUGUAAAUAUUUUCUAUUUUCUAUAAAUUCUCUUUUCCAUAAACUCAAUCUAUGUGGUCCAAGUUCAUUUACAUCAGGACAUUCUCUUUGUGCAUUUAAAAAAAUGUUACUUCGACUUUCACUUGAUCAUACACUGAAUUUUUUUUUAAAAGAGUAACUUUAAUUAAAUGUAUUAUGUCAACAGGUUACAAAUAACUUUAUUAGGUAAGUUGAAAGCAAUUGUAUUAAGUUUUUACAUUUAAACGUAAUAUGAAUGCUUUCAAUUGACCUACUACAGUUAUGUGUUAUCUGUUAACAUAAUACAUUUAUUCAAGUCAACUUUUCUUGAGUGUAGCUACAGUACUACAAGCUAGUCAAUGGUCUGCGUUAGUGAGAGGUUCUGUAGAAAAGAUGCCAGUUACACAAUGUCUUCCGUUCAGACUGUGGAAAGUGUGGUGUUACUGGGUUGCUGCAUUAAAGGUCAACAACAGGAAGUGGAAACAGCUCCUGUCGGUCGAAGUCG